GUGAGCUGUGAGGGGAGGGGGAGGAUGGUCGAUCGGUUCUCCAGGUUUGCAUCGGAGUCGGAGUCGGAGUUCUGGAUGCAGAGAUUUCACCCUCCGACGUUUCUAGAUGACACGGGAUUCAAUCAAAAUCAGCAGCAGGAUAAGCAUGUCUUUGUUGGAGGUCUCGGUUGGAUAGAUAUCUCGUGGCCUCAGAAUGCUUCUGGCACCCUCAACAAGCCGUUCUUCUACAAAGUCGUCCCAAUCAGCUAUGCAGCCUAUCCCGGUAUGUUGACAUACAUGACCUCCGAGACUGCUUCUUACUGUGCCGAUGGAUCAGAGUACAUCCGCGAUGAUCCUUUGCCCAAGAUCUAUGACUUCGCGCCCUACAAGCCUGGAUCCAACACCAUGUACCGCUCCCACAGGAUGUACAACGCUCUAGACGAGGCAGACUACUUCGAUGAUUACAGCAGAAGUUACUUCGCCAUCACCAGGAGAAAGGCCGGCUGGGAUUGCAUGAGGCAUUACGAGAUUCUGGCUGCGGGAGCCAUCCCUUAUUUUUUCAACUUGACGUCUCUUCCUCGGCAGACGAUGAUGACCUUCCCACGAGGGCUCGUGAUUGAAGCCAUGGGCAUGAAGGGCGUGACGGUGAUCAAAGAUGGAGACCAUGUGGUGGAGACGAGAAUAGAUCAUUCCGUCUUCAAUCACUCUCAUUACUUCAUACUCCUCCACCAGCUGCAGGACUUCACAAAGAAGCAUCUUUCCACUAUCGCUCUCGCAAAGAGAUUCUUGAAGAUGAUGAACGUGACUGACCUUGGAGCUGUAAAAGUCUUGUACAUAGUCUAUCCAGGUGCCUGGCCGCCUGAUGGCACCUUUGACGAAGGAGGGAAUCUACGUGACAUGCUAUUUCAUGGCCUCCGCAGUCUCCUUGGACCUUCUCUCGUUGACCCUAUCAGGUUGGACCACAUGUACGAUGACUGGUUCCCAGCCCAGGGGCAGAUGCCGCUGCAGGACUGGGAGUUGACAGAGAAGGUCGUUCGUGACGGCCUGCAUGCCUGGGGUUACUUUCAUGCCGGACACCUGCCAGCGUACGAGGAGAUCGAUCGCGGGGACAUCGAGGAGCGCCUGCGCGCAAAGGAGUUCGAUCUAGUCGUCGUCGGAAGCAUCUGCCAUGACAUGGUGGCCCGAAGAGACCUGGAGGGGGUGAAUGUGGACAUUCCAGACGAGUUUCCUUACUGGGAAACCAUCAAGGAAGUCUACCAGCCCAACCAGGUCGCGUUAGUAGAUGGAGAUGACUGGGGUUCGGUCCCCUGCGCCCGGUGGACCUGCUUCUGCUC